AGCUUCAACUUGGCGGGAAUUCCAGGAUCUGGAGGGUAUAUAAUGACCCCCACCGCCACUUGACCCGUGCAGAAGCAAUUCCGUAACUCCUGAACUUAAUUAAAAUCCGUUACCGUGUCAAGUCAACCCGCAACCAUGACCGCUAUACGCAGCAUGAACGACUACCACAAGCGCUUGGAGGCCGCCGACGAGAAGCUGAUCGUGCUUGACUUCUACGCCAACUGGUGCGGCCCCUGCAAGGGCAUGGACAGCACGGUCAAGGCGCUGGCCAGGAAGUAUGCCUCCAAGGCGGUGGUCCUCAAGGUCGAUGUGGACAAGUAUGACGAGUUGACGGAGCGCUACAAGGUGCGCAGCAUGCCGACCUUUGUCUUCCUGAAGAACAACCGGCGAGUGGGAUCCUUCAGCGGCGCCGAUGAAGAGAAGCUGACCACCAUGAUGGCCAAGCUGGUCAAGUGAGGAGUGUGAAUCUGCGAUUUUAUUCAGUGUUUGUAUGUUUUAUGUUAAGAAAAUCCAAUCCUAACCUCAAACUCGGUGUAUGUAUUAGUGCUGGAGGCAUGUGUCUGCGACAUAACCUCAAAGAAAGUUUGAAAAAAAAAAAAAUUGUGAUUCCUAUUUUAUGUAACCAGAAAUUCAUUAUGUAACCUACAAUUAAGACGAGAAGAAAUUAGGUAAUAAGGUUAGGGCACAAAACAAUUCGAUCUUAAAUAAAUUGUAAGCACUCAAUGACUUUAAAUUAAA